AUGUUUUCUUCUGUUUUUGAUGACAACCCCUUCGCAGAGGAGUUUGAGGGCGAGUCACCGAUGCGUGAUGGCCGCUUAAGCGCCGCUGGCGUGGAGAAGCGUGAGCGCGACACGGAGGGUCUCGUGGAGGGCGAACCACCGCUGAAAAUGUCUUGCCAGGAAGUUGCCCCCGACGACGGCAGGGAGGCCGAUGCGGAGGUUGCCGCACCGUACAUUGGAUACCUGCUGGAAGACGCGGAGGAGGGCAACGAGGAGAAUGAAGGCACGGACGACAAUUACAUCGCAUUUCUUUGCCGCGUGGCGGAGAUGGAGGCGGCGCUGCGACAAUCCGCACGCGUGCAUCAGUUUAGGAUGACACUGGCAACGCAGGAAAAGGAUGCUCUUCACAGAAGCAUCGUUACUCUUCGACGCUCAUUGUUGGAAUCUCAGGAAAGCCGUCAAAAGGCCUCUCAGGGCGCCGCGAAGGCUGGUGGUGCCGAAAAGGCCGCGGAAUCGCAGGAGGAAAAGGAAAGUCCUGUCGAUCUCGCUGCUUUGCUUAAAUUUUGUGAUACCGUCACGAGGGCGAAGAGACUCUCCACGCACCUCCAUUUACUGCAGGGCUUAGAGAAAUGCCGAGACCAUGUGACGGGUGAACACCGCACCGCGUCCGUUGCGUCGGGGAGUUGGAUGCCUACACCGUCACUCACUGAAGUUGAAACGUCGUUCCGUCAACCCUGUCAUGCGGAGAUGCAAAAAUUUGAAGAUCUACGAGGUGCCAUGGAGAGGGCGCAGGGUCGAUGUGAUGCCCCCGUAGCACGUGUGAUGAUUGCGUUUCAAAAUGAAAUACAACGACUCUGCGCGAAGAGCGAUGCCUUGUCUGAGGUAAAAGCAUCCCUCGAGUCACAGGCCAAAGCACUGAUGGUGAGGUGGAACGAACACGUCUUGUGGGGAACUGAACGCUCACUCCUUGUUGCUGAGGAAAAGAUGCGGAGUCACUUGUUAGCUUCCCACCCCCCAUUCUCAGAGCAGCAGCUUUUUCUUCAGCAGAAACAACUACAGAAGCGACUUCACCGUACGGAAUUGGCUCUUGCGACGUUGCUUGCUGCUAUCACGGGUACGCAUCUGAAGUCGAUGACGCCUGCCGCCCUACAAGCCACGCUUUCUCGCCAGCAAGAAUUGGAAAGUCUACGGGAUCGGUUGAGUCGUGAGGUGUUUUACCUACGUAAACUUCUGCGCGACAAGUUGGUCACAUCUUCGCGACUUGUGUGCGACCCGAGCCUAGCUGCACAUACCACAGCGACAGCGGAAGAGGGAAAAACUGUCCUUUUGCAACACUUCUGUGCAUCACUUGCUGGGCGCUUAGCCGAGUUGACCGAAGGAAUUGUCUCAGAAUUAUUAGAAGGCUCUACGGCAUGUGCAACUUCCGCCGAACAGGAAGAACGCCUAUUUUUUUAUGAAACAAAGGCGGGAACGUUACAUGCUUCCAUUGUGGCAUUUCUCACUGAAAACGUUCGGCUGCAGCAGGAGAUUAAAGAUGCGGCGUUGAUCAAACUUAUGGCGACCCCCGACAGUAAUGCGGUCAUGCUUUUGGCCGAGCGGUUUCAGAACCUGCUUCAUUGCAAGCGAAAUUUGGGGCAUGGAGAGGAAGAAGAGGAGGAAGGACUCAGCAAUGACAGGAAAUGUGAAAAAGAAGAGAAUGAGGAAGACUUGGAUGAGCAGAAGCUGCUCGUUGAUACUUUCAUGGAGAGCACCGCAGGCCUUCUGAAGGUGCUCAAUGCACACUUGCAGCGCGUCACAGAACUUUUUAGAUGUGAGAAGCAUGGUUUUAGGGAGGCGGCGUUUCUUUUGCGAAUGAUAGUUGCAGCCGAUCGUCUCCUACUUGGGAAGGUUGGUGUGCCUCCCGCCGCUGGCUUCACAUAUGAUAUUGUCGAGGAGAUGGAAGAGGCCCAUGUCUGUUUUAAGCCGCCAAAGAACAUUCUGCAGCAGUUGCCCUCACUGAAUACACUUCAGGCGACUUUUGAAUCCCAUUCAAGGCGUCAUGCGGCAAGCCUCUUGACGCAAUACAGGGAGGCUGAGAGGACCCGGAAGGAAUUGCAGGAUGACGUGGAGUGGUGCAGGCAGCAGCCCCCGCAAAAUAUCGGGGCUGAUCUUCGUGGGGCCCAAAAGGAGCUGCAGAAUUUGAAAACCGCAUUAUUAGCGGCAGUGACCCGUGAAAAGGAAGUCGCAUCGCUUGAGAUUGAGCUGGUGAAGAGCAGGGAAAAACUUGCCGAGGUCCGUCUUGAGAAGCUUGCCCUUGAACAGGAACUCGCCGCGGCGGAGGAGCAGUUGCGAAUGGCUCAGGAGACGGAAGAGAGUGGAAAAAAUAAGGUGAUGGAUGCGCCGGCUCCUUUUGAGUUGCCGCCACCAGACCCCGCUGAGGGUGAUGACAGCAUACAUGACGAUUACGAUGCGAAUGGAUGA